CGCAACUGAAAUUGCUCUUGUGGUAGUGGAUUCAGUGUCACAUUGCUCAUGCGGAAAUGCUUGUAACCCUUCAAGUUUGCCCCCCCUGGCUGCCACACAUUGCAGGCCUCGGGAGGACUGCGUGAACCCUUGGCCAAAGCUUCCCUGAACAUCGUGUACCGAGACAUCGACAGCUUCAACGGCGCGCCUUGCCACCACCGCAACGAUGCGCGUCAACGAAGACGACCUGUACCGGCAAUCCACGCAAUACAAACACUGGUCAUUCACGCCCUCGGCCCUGACGCGCCUUCGCCAGAAGACGAACGCGCAUGCGGCCGCCCAAGUCAAGCUCCACAUUGCCCAAGACCGCGCCGAACGCGCAAAGCUCGCUCCCCUCGACGCCUCGUCGGCGCCAGACAGCGGGGCCAACACACCAAACGGAAAUGGCGCAGGCACAGGCGCGAACACGCCGGUGCCGGGCGGCGCGGGCGACAGAGGCGGCGAGGUAGACUGCCUGACCAUGGACGAGGAGAAGAUGGUCGUCGACAAGUUCUGCGAGACGGCCAUGAAGCUGGGCGACUUCUUGAAGCUGCAGCCGGACGUCACGUGCACCGCGAUCCAGUUCAUGCGCCGCUUCUACCUCUACAACUCGCCCAUGACAUACGACGGGACCAAGAUCUCCAAGACGGCCUUCUUCCUCGCCCUCAAGCUCGAGCUCGGCACCCGCGCCGGGUCCGCCGCCGACUUCGCCUCGCGCCUUCCCAAGACGACCCGCGACGACAUUGUCGCGCCCGAGUACACCAUCGUGCAGGCGCUGCGCUUCAACUUCGAGGUGCGCCACCCCUUCCGCGGGCUCAAAGGCGUGCAUCUCGAGCUCGAGGACAUGAUCCACGGCAGCUACGCCGGCCUCGCGCACGACGGCCGCACGCCCGCCGACUUGCGCGCCGAAGCCCUCGCCGCGCUCCAAGCCACGGACGAGGCCGUCGCAGAAGGAAAGCUGGGCAACAUCUACGCGCACGCAAAGGACAUGCUCGCCAUGGCCGCCCAACUCACCGACGCCUACUUCCUCUACACGCCCGCGCAGAUCCUGCUCGCCGCGCACUCGCUCGCCGCACCCGCCCUCACGGCCUUCUACCUCGGCACCAAAGUGCCCCCCUCCGCCCCGGCCCGACCAAGAAUCCUCUCCACCAUCCAAUCCUGCGCAGACCUCCUCUCCAGCCACCGCUCCUUCAGCAAGAACCCCACAGCCAACAAGUACGGCUGGGCCGAUACCGAUCCGCCCGAGACGAAGCGCGCCAUGAAGAAGCUGAGGGGUUGCAAGGACCCCACGACGCAGGAUCUGGUCGCCCUGAAUGCGGGCAAGAAGAGGGAUGUCGUGCGGGAUGGGGAGUUGGAAGAGGGCAAGGCGAAGCGGCGGAAGUUGAAUCGCGAGAACGCGGAGAAGGAGAGCGAUGCUUUCUGGGGGCCGGAGCUGAAGAAAGAGGGGUAGCGUGGGUGUGUUGUGGGCGGGGGAUGGACGAUUGUUUGCAUUGCGAGGCGUUUGGGAAGCAUCAUCGCCAGGUUCAAAAGGCCUGCUUCCGCUAUGGGUAUACCAUUUUUCUUGCUCCCGGUAACGAUAGGAAAUGUACUAUAUGUG